GAGAGACAGUCACAACUCAGAAGUUUCAUCUAUCGUUACAACCAAAUCAAUUAAAAACACAGAUUCCCAGCGCCAUGGCUUGCUGUGUCCCCUGCUGCUGCAGCGUCCCCACCGGUCCCGCCACCACCAUCUGCUCCUCUGACAGAUGCUGCCGGUGCGGAGUCUGCCUGCCCAGCACCUGCCCACACACGACUUGGUUACUGGAGCCAACCUGCUGUGACAACUGCCCCCCACCCUGCCACAUUCCCCAGCCCUGUGUGCCCACCUGCUUCCUGCUCAACUCCUGCCAGCCCACCCCGUGCCUGGAGUCCAUCAACCUCACAACCUAUACCCAGCCCAGCUGUGAGCCCUGCAUCUCAAGCUGCUGCUGAGCGAUGGCUGCUGUGCUCCGUGCCUGAUGCUGGAAGAGUCAACCCAGAAGCUUUCGUGUUCACCUGUCUCGUUACCUGCAACUAACUUACUCUGCUUUCCAAGUUGGAACAAGGAUGAUGUUAUCACUGACAACUCUCCCUCAAAAAGAAAUCAAGAGACUUUUGAAGGCCAUAUGGUAGAUAUCAGUGACCCAGGGCAAUGUGAACAGGUGGAUGCUACAGGCUUCCCAAAGUUUUUCAUCUCCUCCAUACUAAAGUUUCUCUUUCUUUGGGUGCUUCGGGAAUUCUGUUUCCAGUGCUGGGUGGCAUCUUUCUGGAAACGGAGGAGCUUCUUCAUGAUCACGCUAAUAAAUUUUACAUCUCUGGCAUAGCA